AUGGAAAAUAGCAUGUUUAAACUGGGAAAGGUACUAAACAAGUACAUAUUCAUAGACAUUCUGGGAUCAAAUGGAAUCAAUGAAACAAAGAGAUUACUUUGGAGAACAAAUAAGCAAGCUAGAAUGUUUCUAAUCAAGAUGCUUAAGUAAAUAAACAACAAUAUUGGUAAAAGGUAUGUGAAGGGAAUCAUUAAAUAGCGACUUGCUGAAAGAACGGAUUCGACUGUCAGUUAACAAGAAUUUAGAAGUUACAUAUAUAAGAAGAUGCUUUCGCAAGCCUACAUUUUCUCAAAGAUUUAACUCACUUAAGAAGCUUAACUAUCUAAAAGAAUUGAUCCAGCCUUUAAGAUUCGCAUUAUCCUUAUAAAGAGAUGUAAAUGCCUAGAAGCUUGA